UCGGUGCCACUGUGGUUCCAGUUGUUUUCACAUCCCCUCGCUAACAAAGAGACGCAGAGCUGCUGCCUCUUACAUCUCCGGGAACAGUGAUGCACAACUGACGCUUUAUUGUACAUCGAGGCGAAGACGAAGGAGCUAAAGAGCAGAAACACACUCGGCUUUCAAAAAGAAGAUCAAUUAGGGGAGACUUUGGAAAGUUUUUUUUUUAGACUUAAACGUAAAGAGCGAAAAUGGUGUCGGCCGGACUGGAGAUCAUGGGACUGGCGCUGUGCGUAAUUGGCUCGCUCCUGGUGAUGGUGGCGUGCGGACUGCCCAUGUGGAAGGUGACGGCUUUCAUCGAGGCCAACAUCGUGGUGGCUCAGACAAUCUGGGACGGCUUGUGGAUGUCGUGUGUGGUGCAGAGCACGGGCCAGAUGCAGUGCAAGGUGCACGACUCCGUCCUCGCCCUCAGCCACGACCUGCAGGCGGCCAGAGCGCUCACCAUCAUCUCCUCGGUGAUGGGCGUGCUGGGGCUCAUGGUAACUAUAGCCGGGGCGCAGUGCACCAACUGCAUCCGCACGGAGUACGUGAAAGCCCGUGUGGUGAACGCCGGAGGGGUCAUCUACAUCCUCAGUGGUCUGUUUGUGCUGGUGCCUCUCUGCUGGAUGGCCAACAACAUCAUAUCGGACUUUUACAGUUCACAGGUGCCCGCAUCCAAGAAGAGGGAGAUCGGCGCUGCGCUGUACAUCGGCUGGGCGGCCACAGCGAUGCUGCUGAUCGGAGGAUCGCUGCUGUGCUGCUCCUGUCCCACCAGCGGGAACUCGGGAUACUCGGUAACAUACGCACCGACCAAGAGAGCCACUCCAAACGGGGAGUAUGACAAGAGGAACUACGUGUAGCUAUGUGGCUCAUGGCAGGCGGUGCGUAAAAGUGCGUAAAAGUGACCUGCAGCUUUUUUGAGAGACGUUAUCUUUGCACCAGCAUUUUGUUAAAAUCUGAAAUAUGAACUUUGAAAAUCAAUGGAAGCACCUCUGCUUUUUUACGCUUGGACCACGACUUCCCACUUCCUUUUUGUAUCUACAGGAGAUUAAAGAAAAAAACUAUGAACCACAAGAGGUAGCUCACGACAAAAAGGAGUAUCUGUGUUAGGUACCUGCUUUUGUAAGUCUUCGAAAUGAUUAGUGUUUUGAAUUGUUUACUGUUGUAACUAAAGUUUUUUGUUUCUUUUCUUGAGGAACUCUUGCCAUCAAGUAUAUUUACACUGUUCUCUUGCCUUGAUGUGCAUCGUCAGCACAAACGUGUAGGCUACUGUAACUGAGAAUAAUUGCACUCUCACGCCGACAUGUUGAGGACUCAGCGACAAAGAACGAUGGAGAAAAGUUCCUGGGGACUUCGACGUUUGCAGUGUAUUUUAGGACCUGUGGAUUCCGGAAAACCUGGGAACAUAUGGGCCAAAAUGUUUUUAUGUCACAGUCCUUUAUCGACCGCAUUGAACCUGCUAUGUCUAUUUUCCACCUUUGUCACUGCAGGAAUAAACGUUUUCUGUUGGUUUGUUGACGUUUGAUGUAAUGAUUCAUUAUUCAUGUAUAUGAAGAUGCAAUAUCGUUUCAUUUUUAUUAAGAUUAAACCCAAUAUAUUGCCUGAAA